AUGGCACCACCGCACAAGGUGGUGGCGAUACAAAUCCUAUUGGUGGGUCUGUUCCUCACCACCACUGUCGUGGCGGCGACGUGGUGCGUGGCCAGAAGCGAUGCCGGCGACCAGGCGUUGCAGACCUCUUUGGACUAUGCAUGUGGGGCUGGUGCGGACUGUGCACCUAUACAACCAUCUGGGUUGUGUUAUCUUCCUAAUACAGUUCAAGCCCACGCUUCCUAUGCUUUCAACAGUUAUUUCCAGCGUAAGGGUAUGGCCCCUGGCUCUUGUGACUUUGCUGGCACCGCCUACAUUGCCAAAACUGACCCAAGUUAUGGAUCUUGUGCUUAUCCAUCCUCUCCAAGAACGUUACUUGGUUUUGAUUCGCCUACUUCACUUCCUCCUAGGUUGUCCUUUUUCGUUUCUCACCGUUGGAUCGCUUUGUUAAUGAUCAUCAGCCAACGAUUGGGAAAGGCAAGGUGA